CUGCGGGUUGGACCAAUCAGAGCGCGUUUCUCUUGUGGAGGGCGGCGCUUUCAUUGGUCCGCGUUCCAGCGACGCUGGAAAGAUUUGUGCGUCAUUGUUGUUACAAAGGGGCAGAACGACAGGAACAGAUUUGGACAGAGCGGACUGUACAUAUCAGCUUGUUGUAGAUAAUGGAGCCAGAAAAUGACCCCCAAGAAGAGGAGACUUUCAGCAGCAAAGAGAGUAAUGGUAAGCGCUCUGCUGAGGAUAUGGAGGAGGACAAGCCUCAUAAGCGAUCCCGAAAUUCUGACGACAUGGUGGAGCUCAGGAUUCUGCUGCAGAGCAAAAAUGCCGGAGCAGUGAUCGGGAAGGGUGGGAAGAAUAUUAAAGCUCUGCGCACAGAUUACAAUGCCACUGUGUCAGUCCCAGACAGCAGUGGGCCCGAGCGAAUCCUAAGCAUCAGUGCAGAUAUUCCCACGGUAGCUGAGAUAUUACUGAAGGUCAUACCUACUCUGGAAGAGUAUCAACAUCAUCAUGGUGUGGACUUUGACUGUGAGCUGAGGAUGCUCAUCCAUCAGAGUCUGGCUGGGAGCAUCAUUGGCGUGAAGGGCGCUAAGAUCAAGGAACUUCGUGAAAGCACCCAGACCACCAUCAAGCUCUUUCAGGAGUGCUGUCCUCAGUCCACUGACCGCGUGGUGCUUGUGGGGGGUAAAGCGGAGCGGGUGGUGCAGUGCAUAAAGACCAUGCUGGAGCUCAUUGUGGAGGCUCCCAUUAAAGGUCGAGCUCAGCAGUACGACCCUAACUUUUACGAUGAGACGUAUGACUAUGGGGGCUUCAGUAUGAUGCAUGAAGAUCGAGGCCGGCGGCCAGCGGGAGGCUUCUCCUCCAGGGGGCGUGGCAGCGGCGGAGGCUUUGAUCGGAUGCCCCCCAGCGGAGGCCGUGGCGGUCACCACAUGCAAAACAGGAGAGACUAUGAUGACAUGAGCCCACGCAGGGGCCCCCCUCCAGCCCAGAGAGGGGGAAGAGGAGGGAGCCGUCCUCACCGAAGCAUGCCCAUGGGACCCCCACACCACAGGAGAGGUGAUGAUCAGUACUCCUACAGCUCCCAGCGGGGCCACAUGGAUGAACGACGGCAUGGGGAAAGGCGAGGGCGCAGUGAUCGUUAUGGAGGCAGCAUGAAUGAUGGAUAUGACAACAGUUCGUCUUGGGAUUCGUCUUAUCAGUCUGGUGGGAGGAGUAGUUACACUGAAAGUCCCGUGAUCACCACACAAGUGACGAUUCCUAAAGAUCUGGCGGGAUCCAUCAUCGGUAAAGGCGGUCAGAGGAUCAAGCAGAUCCGACAUGAGUCCGGAGCCUCAAUCAAAAUCGACGAGCCCCUGCAGGGUUCAGAGGACCGCAUCAUCACCAUCACCGGGACCCAGGACCAGAUCCAGAACGCUCAGUACCUGUUACAGAACAGCGCUCUACACCUCUUGGGACGCCAGAACGGACCAGCCCAGCUUUCUCAGGAUGUCCACCCAGCUGCAGGACCCCGUCACCACGUGAUGGCCUGACCCUGUCACCUUCAUUGGAAUGAUUCAUAGAGCCCUCUGAUUGUGCAUUGUGUGGGAUUGUUCUUUCUUUUGCUUUGUUUUUAUAAAUGUUAAUUUUAUACAGGCCAGCUAUCACUUCACAGAAAUCUUAGAUGAGCAGGUGACUGCUGUUCAACAGGACAUUGUUGUUCUUUUCCCUUUUGGAGGGAAUGUUUUGUGAGUUAUGUAACUUUUCCACUACUAAAAACGCUUGAUCCAGUCUGUAGAAUGUCAAACAACAAUUAUCUUUUAAUAUUUUACACUUCUUUUGUAUUCUCUGCGAGUUCUAAAACAGCUAGAUGGAGAAUUAAAUGUAAAUAUCCAAUGAUUACUGUGGACGUAUGAAUAUAUCCUUCACACUCUUGCGUGUAAUGUUUUAUCCUCAGAUAAUAUUUUCACCAGGUACUGAAGGCUUGCAGUACUUUUUUUGUUUGUUUUCUUCUGUCUGUUGCUGGGUUUUUAAAAUAUAUUGUUAAAAAAAAAGCUCUACCUCUAGAUUUUUUGUGUAGGUCUCCUGUCCUAAAAGAAGGCCCACUAUCAUUUUGUUUAUUUUUUAAUAAAGAGAAGAAAACA